AUGUUAAAACAAAAUUGUUUAUUGUAUUCAGCAUAUCUUGAUGAUGAUUUUAAUGAACGAAUUGUAGAUUUACUUAAGAACGAUGUUUAUAACACAAUUUCACAAUCACCUUUUACUGAUAACUCCCAACGUAAACAAAAUGAUAAUAUUUUAGAUAAAAUAUGUGAUGAAAUUGUUAGUAUUUUACAUCAAUGGUCUGAUAACAAAUAUAAAUUAUAUACAUUUUUCAAUCAUUCAUUACCACAAUCAAUACGUUGUGCUAGUUGGUAUUCAUAUUUAUCGAAUAUUAAACACCGUGAAAAAGUUCUUAAUGAUUUGGCAACUGAUCCUCGAAGUGUAUUAUCACCAAUGGAUUCUGAAAUUCAACUUAAUUCUGAUCGUCUAAUUGCAAUAUUGCCAAGUGCAUCUGAUAUGAUUAAUUCUACAGGAAAUAUGAACGCCGUGAAAGCAAUACUUUCUUAUCAUCGUUCACUUUUUCCUAACAGAUAUGAUUUGAGUAAUGCAGAAUAUUAUUAUGUCAUACCAAUUAUACUUUCACACAAUACACCUCUAUCAAAAAAAAUCAUCAAUGUAUUUCUAGGUUGUCUUACAACAGAUGCUUUAUUAUUUGUUUGGGAUCAAUAUUUGAUUACUCGUGAUGUAUCCGAACUUCAUGAUGAACUUCUACCAGCUAUUGCAACAGCAAUAAUUAUUGCAUUGAAGGAUUUAUUAAUAAACUGUAAAAAGACAUCCGAAAUUGAAUUAAUUCUACAAAAUAGCCCGACUAUUAUCGAAGCACAUCAAUUACAAUCAAUUAUUGCUCAGUUUUUUUUAUCAAAUUUAAGAAAUAGAAUAGUAAGCCAAACAACUGUACCGAUUAGUCCUCAAAAUUCAAUAGUUGGUCCACAAACUAAUAAUCCACGAGAACUAGUACAUGAUUUACUUCGUAGAAUAACAGAAACAUGCAAUCGAGUCGUACAUGGUGAGGGCGAAAAUAAUGCAAUACUUAAUAAACAAACGAUAAAUGAUAUCUACAUUUAUAAAUUUGAUUCAAAAAUGGCUGAACAAGAAGUUAUUGAAAGAAUUUUAGGUACAAAUAAACACGAUGAAUUAACAUUUGAACAAAAACAAAAAUAUAAUCUGGAAAUAAAAGAUGUUGUGACAAAACGGAUUCAUCAGCGCUAUUUUAAUGAACUCAAACGAUUAUCAAAGAAUAAUUAA